AUGGUCACCACAUCAGAGUGUCAUGCGUCGGCUGUCAUUGGAGUUCCGCCUUAUGUUGUUUCCUCACUCUUUAAAGACAUCACCGGCAUUAAAGAAUACGGCCGCGAUGGUCUCAUCUCCUGUUGUUUACUCGAAACCUCCAUUCCACCAACAGAGGUGGGUGCGGUGCGUCGAGUAACACUCGCCUUGCCGGACUACGAUGGUGCCAUUCUGCGGGAAUCCCUCUCUGAGGUGCGGGAUGCGGUGGGACGGACUUAUGUGUGUAUGGAAUACGUGCCGUGCACUUAUGAAGAUGCGUAUCGUUCCCCUUUCGGAGUGGACGGCACGGCCCAAUUAAUGCGUGCCAGUAUGCAGAUUGCGGUAUCGGAGGUGACCUCCCACUCCAAGCGGUGUUUUCUCGAGAUCACAACUGCCUAUACCGUCAAUGUAGACGAGGGCAAUUUCGUGAUAAGAAGAGACGGUGGAAUGAGCCGCGAUCCGGUCUACGGGGCGAUUGCCGCCUUCUGGGAUGUCUACACCCACCGCCUGGUCUCUGCGGUGGAGCAGUACGUCCUCUCCCUCGCCGCGGUCGUCCACACCCACACCCGCAUGGAAGUGGAGGAGGCGAAGGAAUACACGGAGGUGGAGGACACUUACUGUGCGUGGGCCGCGAUGAACGGCGGCGGCACCAGCGGCACUCUGCCGCGCGCGGAUGUUCUGCAAACGAUGGCGAAGGCCCUCAACGCGUGGCUGCGACUCUGGCGGGAUCUCCGCCAUCAACGCCGCGUGAACGCACAACUGCAGGAGGACGCGGACGGCUCAAAAGCCAUCGUCUCCGCCGCCGCCGCGAAUGCCGCUGAGAACGCCGCCGUUAUCGCCGCGGCGACCAUCACAUCUGCGGAUGGAACCGAUCAGGGUUCAUUUAGAACGGCCAGUGAUAUCUCGUCUUUUCAGAGUUUGACGCCAAAGCCGUAUCGCCGGACCACAGCAGCGGCCACGUUAUCUGGACAGAGUGCACACUCCAAUGGAGAAGGGUCUGCUGUGCAGGAAAUGACAAAUGGGAAUAUCGCCUCCAGUAAAGAAACGGGAAUGCAGAAGGUGGAACACGUCCCAUUCUUUUCGUCCGGCGGUGGACGAUGUUUGACGGCCUCAACAGAAGAUAACAGCGGAAAAGAACAUCAAAAGGGGCAAACAAAAGAGGACCAGAAGACGGACGCCCCACCAUUCCGACUGGCAGCACCGGAAUUUCACAGUGAUCUUCUUCAAAACUUUUUAACGGAAUUUGGUACGAUCAAUGAGAAGAAUGCACGGGAACUCUUCAGUGUACUGGAUACAAACCAACAAGGAUUUAUUAAUGAAAAAGGCAUUGGUUUCGUACUUAGUCAAAUUGAUCCAUUGGGAUUGUAUGAAGACAGAGAUGGAACACUUCUCCAAAUGGCAGAGUGUCGUCGUGCAGUGGGUGCGGGAGUCUUUAAAGACAAUAAGUCUCUACGGAGAAAUUACAACAAUGAUGUUCUUGGUCCAACCACCAACAUCACAACAACAGCAACAACCAGUAUUUCUACUACUACUACCAACACUAAUAUGAAAGAAGAGGACAAGUUGUUGGGUCAAGAGGGUUCUGAGGGAAAAGAUAAUAAUAAUAAUAAUAAUAAUAAUAACGCCGAUGCACAACUGACUCCACUACAGGCUCUUAUUCGUCGCCAUGAUGCACAGAAAAAGGCAAUGUAUGAUGAACUUAUGAAGAAGCGUACAGAGAAGAUGCUUGACAGUUUUGCCUACAAAACGCGUGGUAAACUUUACUACGAUGAAUUUUGUCUCAUGAUGUUGCACUUACUUAAGGAAUAUUAG